AUGCUGUUAUAUAGACGUAAUCUGCUUUUAGGUAACAGAUUCGCUCAGGCUGCCAUUAGUAGGGGUUUUCAUUCUACCGCCAAAAGAAGCUUCACAAUACCAUUUCUUCCAAUAUUACCACAAAAGCCAGGAGGUGUCAUUGGCACACCAAACGAAGCAUACAAGUCUCCAAGACCGAAUAAACUGGAAGGCUCAUUUCAUUGGUGGUUAGAAAAAGCAUUCGCCGUCACCUCAUUUCCACUAGCGACGGCUGCAUUGUUUACCACAGGUCCGUUAUCCACUACCUGUGAUUCCAUAUUUUGUCUAGGCUUGUUAGGUUAUUAUUAUAUGGAAUUCCAUUCAUGUAUAACCGAUUACAUAUCCAGUAGAGUGUAUGGAAAGAUUCAUAAUUAUGCAAUGUAUCUCCUCGGGGCAGGGACGUUUGUCUCUUUGUUUGGGAUAUAUAAAUUAGAGAGUGAGACUGGUGGAUUUGUUGGUAUAGUAAAAAAACUCUGGGCUUUUCCUUCGAUUACUAGCAAUAAAAUGGAAGAUGAAGUAACUGUCACUUCAGAAAGCUAA